AUGAAGGUGUGCUUUGUGUUGGCUGUGCUUGUAGUUAGCGGAUCGGCAGGGCCGUCAGCUCGGUUUCGUUUCAAUCGCCGUGUGCCAGAACCAUAUGAAAGCCCGGAAUGGACACCGUGGAUCGUUGGAGGAACUGACGCGAACAUUGCUAACUAUCCGUACCAACUGUCGCUGCAGCGUCGUGAUGGAGGACACUUCUGUGGAGCAUCGAUCAUUGCGGCGCAAUGGGCCCUAUCUGCCGCACACUGCACCUUUCCGGCGCCAGCACCGAGUACCCUGCAGUUACGUGGAGGAUCAUCGGAUCGCACCCAAGGUGGUGUAGUGUUCGAUAUAGAUCAAAUUGUAAACCAUCCCAACUACAAUGAGGCGACCAUACAGAUUGAUGUUUGUGUAUUACACACCACGUCGGUCAUGAGUGGACUUCAUAUAACUCCGGUUGCUUUGGACCCUUCCGGAGCAACCCAUACACCUGGAACCAGAGCGGUAGUCAGUGGCUGGGGUCUCAAUGCCGACCGAGGUUCCCCCAUUAUUCUUCAACGUGUCGACAUCCCAAUCAUUUCUGAUGCCGCUUGCAUGGCAGCGUGGCCUGGAUUUUUUUCGCCCGAUAUGUUGUGCGCUAAUGAGCCUGGACGUGAUGCAUGUUCAAUGGACAGUGGCGGCCCAUUGGUCGUUGGUGGCACGCAGAUUGGAAUCGUGUCGUGGGGAAACCCUUCAUGCCUGGGAACUGUGCCGGGAGGUUAUGCUCGUGUCGCCUACCCAACAAUCCGCAGCUUCAUUUUGGAAGUAACAGGUGUAUAA